UUUUGCUCUUUUCUGUGUGUGGCUACGCUUGAGCAACGAUUUAGGCUACCAUUUCUCUAGCUUUGGGCUACGCCGCCUUGCCCAACCUGGCAACACUGCGCUGCUGCCGCUGCGCUUGUGCUGUGCAGUGCCGAUACCUUUGGCCCAUUUAGUGAGGCGUUUUUAAAAGAUGGCCAUGGAGGUGGACGAUGAUUUGGACGCAGACCAGUCUGAGCAGCCAAGUUCCACUAGCUCUGCCAGGGGAGACAAAAAACGGUUUGAAGUCAAGAAAUGGAAUGCAGUUGCCCUAUGGGCCUGGGAUAUUGUCGUGGACAACUGCGCAAUCUGCAGAAAUCACAUUAUGGAUCUCUGUAUCGAAUGCCAGGCUAAUCAGGCUUCGGCAACCAGCGAGGAGUGUACCGUAGCUUGGGGAGUAUGCAAUCACGCUUUCCACUUUCACUGCAUCUCCCGGUGGCUGAAGACGCGUCAAGUUUGUCCACUUGACAACAGGGAAUGGGAAUUCCAGAAGUAUGGGCACUGAAUGACUGGGCUUCAAGGCUUCAAAAUUUAAGCAGUGUAUGAUUUGCUGCACUUCAUAAUAAAAUAUUCAAUUUUUCUACUGUC